AUGCAGUUCAAACAAUUGAUGUGGCAGGCUUUCCUGCCUCUGCUGCUUGCUAGCUCGGCAACGGCCGAGAAAGAUGUUACUUGCACUACCAAUGAGGUCAAUCUGGUUCAAAAUCCCUCUUUUGAAUCAGGUAGCCUUUCCGGGUGGGAAUUGGUUGGGGAUAACAUGCAUUUGGCCACUGGGCACAAGGCUGCUCAUGGUGAUUGCCAUCUUGAGCGGUCAUCAAAGUCCAAUGCACCCCUUUCUGGAGUUUAUCAAGAAGUUUCCGGGUUGGUAAAGGGAUCUACCUACACUGUCUCGGCUCAAUGGCGAAUCCAGAAACCGGUUGCUGAUGGAAAGGCCGCUUGUGACCUUGCCUUCUAUAUGGUUGGUGGCAGAUCGACAUCCUACAUCGGAGGCUACGAAAACUUGCGGGCAACACCUGAGAACACUGCUUGGAAAACCGUCUCGGCGGAGUUUACCGCUAAGAGUACAAGUGGAACCCUAUAUAUUUACUUGUUUUGCCCGGUGGUGAGGCGUCACCAGGCAAAGGCGGAUUUGGAUAAUAUCAAACUACUGAGUGGAGAAACAACAACCACAUGCGUCACUGCGGCCACUUCACCAACAUCUACACCUGCGGUUUCUGUCCCAACUCUGCCCUCAAUUGACUCAUCCUCAGGCAAUCCAGUUAUCCCGUCUCAGAUUGCUUCCGUUCAGCCAUCUUCUGCACCAAUCACUGACUCUGGAUCUAUCACUUCCUCUCAUCCCGCCAGCUCCAUCUCUCACUCGAGCAUCCCAACUUCGUCUUCCCUCAUCCGAGUAACCAUCUCCUCGCGCCCACAUCCUUCUUCGCGCCCUACGCCUCGCCCAAUUGCAUCAAGCUCCGUCCCUAUUGUUUCGCCGUCGGUUUCUAUUCCACUUGAGACUGCCCCUACAACUGACACACCGACUGGUCCAUCCGAUAUCCCAACCUCCCUUCCUAGCAGCGUGCCUGCGACGGGCUCAGGUAAUGGCUCAGGUAACGGAGGUUCUGGCAACGGAGGCUCAGGCAACGGAGGCUCAGGCAACGGAGGCUCAGGCAACGGAGGCUCAGGCAACGGAGGCUCAGGCAACGGAGGCUCAGGCAACGGAGGCUCAGGCAACGGAGGCUCAGGCAACGGAGGCUCAGGCAACGGAGGCUCUGGCAACGGAGGCUCAGGCAACGGAGGUUCUGGCUCUGUCAGAGUGACUACUUCAGCACCCACAGCUCCCCAGCUGACAACUUCCACUGUUUUCACCACUCGCACUUCUACAAUCACCGCUUGCGCUGCCACUGUUACCAACUGCCCUGCUCGAAGCACCUAUGUGACCACUGAAACUAUCAUUGUCUCGACUACCAUCUGCCCCGUUGAAGCCAGUACUACCACAAACCCCGGCGGGGCUAUCAUCACCGGAUCCCCUGCUGCCCCCGGAAAUGCUGGUGGCCAUCACUACACCACUGAGACUAUUUUGUCCACUCGUACCAUCACCGUGACCGCUUGCCCAUCCACCGUCACAAACUGCCCUGCCCGUGAUAAGACUACCUCCGUCGCUACCGAGACUGUCGUUGCUGGGACCACCGUGUACGAAGUUACCCCCACUGCUACCGGAGUGAGUGCAGGUCAAAAGCCUGCUCCAGGCCAAGACAGCAAUGGAAAUGCCCCCGGGCCCAAGGUGACCGAAAUUGCAACUGCGAACCCUAAUAUUCCCCCCGUGUAUGUCACCAGUACUAGAGUUGUGACUGUCCUUGCAUGCCCUGUCAAGAAAGAUACCCUAGCUUAG